AAUAAAAGGCAGAAUUUAGAAAGAGAAAAGCUACCCAGUUGGUAAUUAAGUGAGGUUUAAUCAAGCGAGGAUCCAAACCCACAUAAAUGGCUCAUUCAACCCCUCUAAUUUUCCAGCCAAAUAUCUGCAAUUUUUCACCGACAAAAGCUCACUGCAAAAAAAACUUCUUAAAUCCAACUCCUAUCAAUCCAACCCCAUUAAAAAACCCCAGAAAUCUCUGCAUCAGAAGAGAGAGAAAACAAAUCAAUCUUAGCGCAGAAAAAACCCCGCAAUUUCACUUACGCAUUUCCCCAAACAUGUGGUGGGCAAAACUCAAAUCUGCAAUCGGCCAACGAUUCAACCUCGAGGGCAUAAUCUCCGCAUCAAAAGUCUUAACAAACAACCCCAAUUUGCUCCUACCUCACCUGAAAGUCCCCAACAUUCGGUACAUCAACUGGGAAGAACUCCAUCGGAAAGGAUUCAGAGGAGUGGUUUUCGACAAGGAUAACACCAUCACCUUACCCUAUUCCUUAACCUUGUGGGACCCACUUCGUUUGUCAAUGGAGAGCUGCAAGGCGGUUUUCGGCGAAGGGAACGUCGCCGUGUUAAGUAACUCGGUGGGGUUAUACGAGUUCGACCCGGACGAGUCGAAGGCGGCGGCGGUGGAGAGAGAAUUAGGGGUUAAAGUGGUGCGGCAUAGGGUGAAGAAACCGGGUGGCGGGUCGGAGGAGAUAGAGAGGCAACUCGGGUGUCAGCCCAUGGAGGUUGUUAUGGUGGGGGAUCGCCGGUUUACUGAUAUUGUAUUCGGGAACCGGAAUGGGUUUUUUACUGUUUUGACUGAACCGUUGACCGGUAAAGGUGAAAAUUUUGUGGUAAAAAUGGUUAGGAAGAUGGAAGAAUUAGUGGUUAGUAAUUGGUUUAGGAGAAAUUUGAAGGUUAAAAGUCAUUGUUUUUUGGGUAAUUCUGAAGUGGGUUUGGUGCUUUUGGAGGAACCUUUGUAAUUUUAUGAUGGUUUAGGAUUCGGAUUUUGAUUGAAUAAUUCGUAUUGAUUUUAUUUUGUGCAAAGAA